UUGGUUGGGGUUAAAGUCACCCGUUCAACGCCAGUUUUUGUCAUUGUGAUGUGCACUUUUGUGGACGGGGAUUCUACUGCUCUCUCGUCCGCUCCUUUUUUCUUUUAGACCGACGACGUUGUUGCGAUGCAGCAAUAAAAAAGGAUUCCAGAAAACGAUAACGUUGCGCUGCUCUAAGCCUCUCACAGAGACACACAGAGUGGCCCUUCCGGUUUCCCCACCCCUGCCUGCCAUUUACAUGCUGACUAACUGUGUACCAGUACCGAUCCCUCAUCCCCAAUUAAGCAACCACCGUCCGUCAUACAACUCAGGAUAUUACCCUGAUCAGAGAUCACGACACCAACUUUCUGUAAAAAGCAACAAGAAAAAGAAAUUCAUGUACUCCGCCUCUGUUUUUGUUUUUUUACUUUUUGUUUACCAAUUAGACUGUGAACCCGAGGAGGAAAAGAGAACCCAUAUAUAGCAAAAUUAAUUACAACAAAAAGUACUUGUAAAAAAAAGGGUUUCUUGCUUUCUUUAUUCAGCAGCUCUAUUGAACACCCCCCCGGGCCGGGAAAACCAAACCGAAAAAAAAAAAAACCAACGAUCCAGAUGCAACCGACGCUUCCCGGUACAAGUGGCAGCACCGGUGGCAGUGAACUGAGUCGAGGUAGACUCCCCCGGUUCCGCUCUGCUCCAGCCACCUGGUUAGAGGCACUUCUCGAGGAAGAAGAAGAUGAAGAAGACGACGAAGACCCAUUGAAGCCCAACCUCACUUUAACUCAGUUACUUGCGGCUUCCAACUCUUGUACACCCACACCCACUUCCAGACAGGACUCUGCCACCUUUACUUCUUCCUCUGUCGAUCCGGGCCACUUUGACUCCGGUUCUCCCCCCGUCUUCUUCAGGCAGAACAGCUCUCCAGCUCAGUUUCUUGGCAAUUCGGGUGUUAGGCCUGAAGGGUACUUUUCCAACUUCGGUAUUCCACCAAACUACAACUAUGUGUCGCACAAUAUUGACACUCCUCCAGGGAGUAAGCGGACGAGGGAGGUCGAAGCGCAGAACUUAACUGCAGCAAAGUUUCCAUCUCAGCUGAAAGAGGAGCAAAGCAGUCAGGGACCUGCUGGGGAGGAUAGUUUGAUAGAUAUGGAGAUGGAAAGGCUUUUGGAGGAUUCAGUUCCUUGCCGAGUUCGGGCGAAGCGAGGUUGUGCCACACACCCUCGGAGCAUUGCAGAGAGGGUUCGAAGGACUCGAAUCAGUGAUCGCAUAAGGAAACUUCAGGAGCUGGUGCCCAAUAUGGAUAAGCAAACAAACACUGCAGAUAUGUUAGAAGAGGCAGUAGAGUAUGUUAAGUUUCUUCAGAAGCAGAUUCAGGAACUAUCAGAGCAUCGACAGAAAUGCAAGUGCAUAGCCAAGGAUUAAGCAGAAGAAGGGGCGAGUGCAGAUGGUGAUGUGAUAGGAGGGUAAACGUUUGCACUCUUUUAAGGCUUCCUUUUUAAGGUUGGAGACUGCAUCUUGGCAUAGAAAAUACAAUUUUUUUUAGCGAAGGCUUUAUGAUCUGAUGUCAUUUGUUCCCUCCCCUCUUUCAUGGUGAAAGGUCUAGGAUUGAGUCCCAAUACCCUCUUGUCAAUCUAGGUCACUUUCCAAAAGGUACCCUAUUCCUUGUCUAUGUUCUUCACCACGGGUAGAAAGACGGUUAAGCAUGAAUUAAUUAAAUUGAUUUUUAACGAAUAUCUUUGGAGAACGGCCUUCAGGAGAAGGAAGGUUGGUCUAUUGAAGAAGCCAAGCGAGCUUACAACCUUAUGCGGUGAUAUUGCAUGCAUUGUGGUUUACAGAAGCUAUGAUUCUCAGCCGGAUAUUUGGCCUUCUUCAAAAGAAGGAUCUUACUUGUUCAAGAGGCUCAAGAAUUUGCUUGCAAAUAA